UGUUUUUAAAUCAAUGUUUAUAUAGUCCGGCUCACGAAUUAUAAUAAUACACUGGGUAAUUCUCAUGGUUGAAAUAUAUAACCCUUCUGCUAUAUUAUUUCUUAAUUCGUUAUUUUGAUCAAGUACCAAAAAAAAAUGGAAGAACUCGAAAGUAGUGAAGAAUCUCCAUUAAAACUACGUGGACUGGAUUUCGUUUUAAAAUCAAUUGAAUGUGAAAAAUAUAAAUCAAAACUUAUUGAAUAUGGAAUUGAUGAACAUAUUAUGGUCUAUUUAACAGCUUCAGACCUCAGACAAUUGGAUGUUAGUGAUACCGAUAUACCACUGAUGUUAGAGGCUAUAAACGUACUUAAUAAAACAUCAACAUUUAACAAGCUGAAACUAUCGAACGAAGAAAUAUCAAAACUACAAUCGAAUAUUUGUGGACAACUUGGAUCGAUCGCAAUCGCUCUCAACCAAAUGUAUUAUGUACUUUUAAACAAUCCUUAUGAGGAUAAGUUAAUUGAUGAUUACCUUUCGACAAUUGACGCUGCGUCAAUGAUAAAACCUUAUAUGAGAGCGGAAGAAGACAGCAUGAAAAAAACACUUAAAACUGUUUAUAAAAUGGAAAAAAAGGGAAAAUAUAGUUUGCUCACUGCUGCAGCCUGUUCUGUGGUUUUAUGUGGUUUCACUUUGGGAUAUUUUACAUUUUUUAAAGGAAAUACAAAAUGCAAUUCUAUCUUUUUUAAGUAUAUGCCAUUUAAAAUGCAAGAUAUUUAUUAAAAUUAAAUUUGAUAGAAAAUGGCAAUUUCAGUCAAUAUUUUUGCUAUUAAAAAUAUUUUAUUGUGUUAAUCUUAUCUAUGAUAAAUAACGUUUUUACUAACAUGUUAUAUGUCUAUAUCAUUUUUUAACUGUGAAUAAAAAGAACUAAAUAAGUCCUA